CGGACCCUGACAGCCCCAAACUCUGCCCUUGCUGCUGUGAGCCUCCUAGGCCGGGGACCUGGGUCGAAGGUGGGGAAGGACAGCCCCUUUCCCAGUCCCGGGAGGCCGUCGCGCCAGCCGCGCCGAGCGAGCCCCUCCAGGGCCCCAGCCCAGUCCCGGACCGCGCCCGACCCGGCCGACCGUCCAGUCCAGAGCUCCUCUUGCGACAGCGGCAGCCGCCAUACGCCUGCGCCCCGUCGCCCGCAGGGCAGGCCCAGAGAAGGAUUCCAGUCCUGCUUCACUCACAGGACCAUGACCUUGAACCCCCACAGGAGAGGCCUUCUAAUGCUACUAAUGGUCUUGGGCCUGACCCAUGGUGACCCCGUGAAGCCCUCUCGGGGCCCGCUGGUGACCUGCACUUGUGAGAGCCCACAUUGCAAGGGGCCUACCUGCCAGGGGGCCUGGUGCACUGUAGUGCUGGUGCGGGAGGAGGGCAAGCACCCCGAGCAAUAUCGGGGUUGCGGGACCCGUCACCAGGAACUUUGCAGGGGGCGCCCCACUGAGUUUGUCAACCACUACUGCUGCAACAGCUUCCGCUGCAACCACAACGUGUCCCUGGUGCUGAACACCACCCCAACUCCGGAGCAGCCGCAAGCAGAUGGCCAGCUACCUCUGAUCCUGGGCCCUGUGCUGGCCUUGCUGGCCCUGGUGGCUCUGGGUGCCUUGGGCCUGUGGCAUGUCCGGCGGAGGCAGGAGAAGCAUCGGGGACUGCACAACGAGCUGGGCGAGUCCAGCCUCAUCCUGAAGGCAUCUGAGCAGGGGGACAGCAUGUUGGGGGACCUUCUGGACAGCGACUGCACCACAGGCAGUGGCUCGGGGCUCCCCUUCCUGGUGCAGAGGACAGUGGCACGGCAGGUUGCCCUGGUGGAGUGUGUGGGAAAGGGCCGCUAUGGCGAGGUGUGGCGAGGCUUGUGGCAUGGUGAGAGUGUGGCCGUCAAGAUCUUCUCCUCGAGGGAUGAACAGUCCUGGUUCCGGGAGACUGAGAUCUAUAAUACAGUGUUGCUCAGACACGACAAUAUCCUAGGCUUUAUUGCCUCGGAUAUGACUUCCCGCAACUCGAGCACACAGCUGUGGCUCAUCACACACUACCACGAACAUGGCUCGCUCUACGACUUUCUGCAGAGGCAGCCGCUGGAGCCCCAACUGGCCCUGAGGCUAGCUGUGUCUGCGGCCUGUGGCCUGGCGCACCUGCACGUGGAGAUUUUCGGCACGCAGGGCAAACCGGCCAUUGCCCACCGUGACCUCAAGAGCCGUAAUGUGCUGGUGAAGAGCAACCUGCAGUGUUGCAUCGCAGAUCUGGGUAUAGUGGAGGACUACAGGCCACCCUUCUAUGAUGUGGUGCCCAAUGAUCCCAGCUUUGAGGACAUGAAGAAAGUGGUGUGUGUUGACCAGCAGACCCCCACCAUCCCGAACCGGCUGGCUGCAGACCCGGUCCUCUCAGGUCUGGCUCAGAUGAUGCGGGAGUGCUGGUACCCCAACCCGUCCGCCCGUCUCACAGCACUGCGUAUCAAGAAGACACUACAGAAACUCAGCAACAGUCUAGAGAAGCCCAAAGUGAUUCACUAGCAACAGGCCUGAUGCCUGACUCCCCUCGGCCUGCACUGUGUGUGAGGGUGGGCGGUGGAUGGUGGUCUAUCCUGGUGGAGGUAGUGUGAGUGUGUGCCGGAGAGGGGGUGUGCCCCUCUAAGGGAAGGCUGUGCCUGCCCAGCUCAGCCCCCCAGCCCAUUCAGCCAAAAAUACAGCUGGGCUGAAACCCGAUCUCCCCGCCGUCUGGCCUGCUCAAAGGAGCAGGCUCCCUGACGCCUGGCUCCCACCCCACCCUCAUGCCCUGGGCAUACCCCCUACUACCCCAGGACAGGAUGCAAAGGAGGCCCCAGAGCCAAGAUGGCCAAGCCAGGGAAUCCCAGUCUCUUGGGCCCAGAGCCUGGGCUUGCACUCUAACCCCUGCCCUCGGUCAACCCCACUGCCUAGCCAGAGCUGCUAGGGUGGCACAGAGCCUUAUCCAGCCUCCAGUAGACACACUGCCCUGCCAGGCCUCAGCCUCUGGCCCAAACAUCAAAUACCCAGGGCCCAUCAGUUUCUCUCUGUGGGUUUGCAUCUCAGCUCCAUGACGCCUUGGGCCUCUGUCUCCUGGACAAGACCCCUGCUAGCUGACUGCCAGCCGCCUGGGAGAGCUGGGGCCUGAUCCUGGCCCCUCCCCCUACCCCCAUCCUAGCUGACUUAUUGGGAUGUUAGACCCAAGGAGUCCUGCUGUGGGUGUGGCAGGGUCGUAGGCCAGUGGAGAGGCGGCAGGUCAGAUGGAUAAGACCCAGGACUUUCAGAAUAACUGAGGGGACAUCGAGGCCUAGCAUGGCCGGGGAAAGGCUUAGCUGAGAGUCAGAGACCCAGGUUCUGGUCCUGGAUGCUUGCUCUAAGUGAUAAGAAUGAAGCCUUUACUGAAUCAGGACCUUUUUUGCUUCAUUUACAUAUUGAAAGAUUCAGUCUUGAUAUCCUUGAGGUUUUUUCAGCUCUGAUUUUCUUUGAAAUCUCAGCCUGUGUCAGAGCUCAGUUCAUCAGUAUAUUCUACUCCUUAUGCUCCAGCCUCUGGCAAUUUGCCUCAAGAUGAGGACUUGAAAAUAACUUCAUCUGAGGCCACGAGUGUUUGAGACGCCUCCUAGUCUGAUUCUACAGGCUCCAGUUCCUGCCUUAAUCCAUGUCAGUGGUCAUUCUUGGGCUCAAACAGUCCCUGGCCUUCCGGCUGGCAGGCAAGCCAGCCCUUGCUCCUUCUGUGGCUUUGCCUUCUCUGCCCAGGGCUGAGAGGGACUGAAGGCUGGCUUCCUGCAGGGCCUCCAAGGCUCAGAAGAAAUUUGGCUCCAGCCAGUAAGCCUCCAGCACCCAGGUUCCUUCUCCCACUGGCCCCUGGCCCAGGCCCACACCAUUGGCCGGGCCCCAGAGAGUGUGUGUCUAGAAAGAACCUGGUGGCUAUAGAGAAAGACAUAGAAAGUUCUGCAUUUGGAUGUCAAGGGUGUGUGUCCAUGCACUGAGGAGGGUAUU